ACGUGCAGUCGGUGUUUAAUAUACCGAAGCUGCGUAUUGAACGUCAGGACCGGAGCCGCUAGUGCACAGGCAGCUUCUCGUGGGCAGUGAGAGCCGCGCACAGCCGCAAUGACAAGCAUCCAGAGCCCGCCCGCGAGCUGAUCUGCAGCCGGCAAGACACAUCCAUUUCCUCACAACCCCGCUACGGAUCCCAGCAGCACGGUGCUGGGCCGGAGCUUCAUCUCUUUUUUUAAAAAAAUCACACGCACACACAGAAAACUGGAGUUUAUUUUUUCGCAAGAUCAGGAGAGAGAAGUCGGAGGAGCCAGAAAAAGAAACAUCUUUUCAAUUUCUGUUGCCAUCGUGCAGCAGCUUCUUCGAAGAUUGUGCGGUCACCUGCGAAUUAAUACUUUUGUUAAGCUGACAGACGUUUCCUUAUUCUAUGGAUGGGAUUUUAAAAAUGAUUUUAUUCUAACGUAUAUGAGCUGCGUCAAACAGCAUUUUUUGUUCUUCGCGUUGAUCAUUCUACUUUUGAAUACGGUUAUUUGAAAGGUUUCUCUUCUGAAGAAAACUCUUGUCGAUUCUCCAAGAGAUGGCUACCCUGCUUCGAAAAAUUGGUCUAAUUCGCCUCCACGAUCGAGACACGGAUGGUGCAAAACACCAAGGCUCCCGCAAGGCGCCUAAAAGCAGCAGCCAGAAAAACGCCAACAAGCAGUGCAACUCUUCAAGCAACGAGAGCAUCCUGCUCCAGUCUGACCACCACCACCACUACCACAAUAACCAUCAGCAGCAACACAGCCACAAGAGAUCCGAGCAACCACCCUCCUCCACCAAGGACAGCAACAAGGACAAGCAGCAGGCCGGCAGCAAGGUGCCCCCGGCCGGCAGCACCAGCAGCAGCUCCAUCCCCGGGCAACCCCCCAACAAGCAACAUUGCGCUCAGGUCCGCAGCCGCAGGCUCAUGAAGGAGCUGCAGGACAUCCGCAAACUGACCGAUCACUUCAUCAGUGUGGAGCUGGUGGAGGACAACCUCUUCGAGUGGAAUGUCAAGCUGCUGCAGGUGGAUAAGGACUCGGCGCUGUGGCAGGACAUGAAGGAGACAAGCACCGAGUGCAUCCUGCUCAAUCUCAACUUUCCGGAUAACUUCCCCUUCUCCCCGCCCUUCAUGAGGGUGCUGAGCCCCCGGCUGGAGAACGGCUACGUGCUGGACGGAGGGGCCAUCUGCAUGGAGCUGCUAACCCCGCGGGGUUGGUCCAGCGCCUACACUGUCGAGGCAGUCAUGAGGCAGUUUGCAGCUAGCCUGGUCAAGGGACAGGGACGAAUUUGCAGAAAAGUAGGGAAGACAAAGAAAGCUUUCACUCGUAAAGAAGCUGAAGCAACAUUCAAAAGUUUGGUGAAGACACAUGAGAAAUAUGGCUGGGUUACUCCACCUGUAUCCGAUGGUUGAGGCAUAGCGCUCCCAACAUUUUCAACCACAAAAACACUUUCACCUUCUUUGUGCUGUGUAUGAUCCAUUCCUUCUAUUUCAGCUUCAGUUAGACAUGGCGAUACUAAAGAGACAUUUACGUUAUUUAUGGAGAGAGAUGUUUACAGAUAAAUGCCUGAAGGAACUUUUAUUUUGGGGGAGAUCUGUUUGAUUGCUGAGAUCAGGUUCAACUGAAUUUGAUUGUGCUUCAUUGUGUUUGCAUCAUUUUCCUAUCCUACUACAGUUUAGUAUGCUUCUCUCCAUGUUAAUGAACAAAUGGCAUCGUAUGUUCCAUUUAUCGCCAUUUCACUAAUUUAAAUUUAAAUGAAGCAGUUAAUAUUUAAUACCCAGGUGGCAAGCAUAAGUUGACAUUUUGCUGUGCUGUUUUCACAGGUCAAUGGUCAAUGCAACUUGAAAAUUGUAAUUUCUGUGGAGCUGUGCUCUAUCGUGGCUAAAAUUAAAAUUCUACAUGUCAUGUAGCUGGUUAUUGAUCAUGGAAAAUGAAUCGUUCUAACUUCAACUCCAGUGAGACAAAAAUAGGAGGGUUAAUGUGUUUCAGCGUCGUUAUUGAUUGGCAUUACUGUACAUUAUUUAUGAAAACAGUCUUUGGCAGGGGGACCCAUCUCUGCCAUUCAAACCAACAUCUCACAAGGUAAAUGUGCCUAUGUGCUAAAUAAUGUCAGGGUUAAUAAUAGAAUUGUAAAUCAAAUGUGUGUGGGACUAAGGAAAGCAACAUGCUUAUGAUAGUUUGUAGAGGAGUAGUUUUAAGACACUGCAGUGAUACACUUCAAAGUCCUGCAAUAAAUACAUGUCUUAAAUGACUCAGAUGUUUUAAUUCCUACUGUAUCUGCAUGUUUAAGGAAUCAGUGGUUGCUAGUUUGCUGAAAGAAUGUUGCUGUCAUUUGUUCUGUGUCAAGAGCUAUUACAUUUUGUCAAGUGGUAAUGACAUUUGUGUUUUUUUUUGUUUAAUUUAUUUGUGGUUUGCCAGAUGCCUAGUCUUUUGAGCAUGUGACAGACAUUCUGACCGAAGGGAAAAACCUCAAGGAAACAAGUUUAUGAAAAGUGUCUGAACGAGAUCAAUUGCACUUAUCUUGUUAUCUCUGUUUAGUUCUUUAAUGACCAAGUAAUUGGGGAGGCGUGUAAGAGGCAAAGAAAGUCAGAAGAAUGGAAGAAAAUAUCAUAUUGGACAGAAAAUAAAUGCUCUUUUUAACCUG